AUGAGCUACAUCCUAUGGAAUUGUCAAGGCCUCGGGCCGAACUUGACAGUUCGUACCCUCCGGGGUUUGGUUCGUAAAUUCUGGCCCACUGUUGUGUUUUUAAUGGAAACAAAAUCGAAGGACAACAAGAUUGAAAGUUUGAAACGCAGCUGCGGUUUUCAGAAGGGUACCCUAGUGGGUAGUGUUGGAGGGUUGAGUCUUUGGUGGGAUGAUAACAUUGAUCUCGAGGUAAAGGGUUUCUCCAAAAAAUUUAUUGACACAAGCAUCACUGAUAAUCAGAGGGGAAUGCAUUACAGGGCUUCGUGGGUAUAUGGAAUGCCAUAUAGAGAGGAGAAGGAGGCUUGCUGGAACUUUCUCGAAGGUGUCCUCAAAUAUACCGACCUUCCAUGGUUAUGCGGUGGUGAUUUCAACGAAAUCUUAUGGUCUUUUGAGAAAAGGGGUGGUUUUGAGCAGCCUUCCAACAGACCCUGCUACCUUCACAACUUCAUGGAGAAGGCGGGGCUCAUUGAUUUGGGUUACCAAGAUCGAGCUUCACUUAGAGGGCUCACAGGCAGAAUGGUAUGUUUGUUUAGGAAAGGCUCGAUAGAGUUUUGGGGAACUUACCAUGGCAGGAGUCAUGGCCAAAUAAUUCCAUCAGUCACCACCCGGCCAUCGGUUCGGAUCACAAUUCACUGGUCUUGGAGAAAACCAUGUAUCAUAGAAAUCAUAGAAGGCAGUUCAAGUUUGAAGCUUAUUGGGCCGAUGAGGUGGAGGCUAAACAGAUUAUUGAAAAAGGCUGGGAAAAGCAAGUUCAAGGUCCGUGGAUACAUAAAUGGAAAGCUAAGCUUCAACAUUGCACUACCCUCCUUCAAAAAUGAGCAGAGAAAAGUUCUUAAACAAUAA